AUGGCCGCUCUCCCCCUCCCUUCUCCGGCUGCCCCCGACCGCGUCUCCCCUUCUCCCUCCUCUUCCUCUUCUCGGGGUUCUUCCCCCUCCCAAAGAUCGGGGGGUUCCCCGGGAGCCCCCGAGUUGUGUCACGGUUAUUACGACGUGAUGGGUCAGUACGACGCGGCCUUCAACUGCUCGACGGGGGCCUUCCGGUUCUGCUGCGGGACGUGCCACUACCGCUUCUGCUGCGAGCACCGCGCCCGCCGCCUCGAGCAGGGCCGCUGCACCAACCUGCAGACCCCGCGCUGGGCCGCCCCCGCCGCCGCGCCCACCGCCGCCGCCCGCCCGCACGGGGACCCCAAUCAUGGCGGUCAUGGCGGUGGCAGUGGUGGCGGUGGUGGUGGUGAUGGCGGAGGAAGCACGGCCUACGUGGUGUGCGGCGUGGUCAGCUUGGCCUUGGCCGUGGCCGUGGCCGCCAGGGCGGCGCUGGGGAGGGCGGCGGCGGCCGGGGCGGCGGCGGCGGCGGCGGCGGCGGCACAGGGGAAUGGGUCCAGGGCGCUGGUGGACUCUCUGCGGCAGCAGGCGGGGGGGCUGCGGCGCAGCAGUGGGGCGAUGCCCCCCCCGGCCCCCGACAACGGCCCCGCGCGGCCCCCCAAGAGCCUCCACGGCAGCAACAAGGACAGCGGCCACCACAGCUACGGCCUCGACCUCGGGACCCCCGAGCACCGGGCGGCCACGCUGGACGGGCCGGGGUUCGGGGGGGGCUCCCUGAGCUGCUCCCACUCUUUCCACAAUCUAUCGCGACCGCCCCCCCCCCUACGAGAGCCCCCCCCGACGCGUGCCCCGAGCUGCGUCCCUGCGCCGCCUCGCCGACCGUGACCUGGAGGCCUUGGGCCCCCCCUGGGCCCCCCCUUGGGGCCCCCCAACUUUGGGGCCCCCCCUUGGGACGCUGCCCCCCCG